UAGGAAGGCCUGCUGAGCAACAAUGGGUGGUGACAAUGAUGAAAUAGAUGCUUUUCCUUGUUACGAGAGUUGGAGGAUCGACUACUAUUAGGAAGGCCUGCUGAGGAACAAUGGAUGGUGGGCGACAGGUUGAGGGCAGUGACCUACCGACACGCCCUUUUGUGGUCAGGUUGAUGGAUAUGAUUUGUUAGGAAGACGAGAGAGAGAGAGAGAGAGAGAGAGAGAGAGAGGUCAAGACUCAAGAGAGUGCAGAGAGAAAAGGUAUGGACGCAAUGAAGCAGAAAACGUUUACCGGCCAUGAAGUGACGCGUGGUAGAUGGUGAUGGCGUUUAGAUUAGGUAGGCCACCCAAGGAGCGACCUGGUCCGUUCAUGACUGGUGGCCAUUUAACCAAGGACAAAGCGACAGGGCCGUGGAGAGUUUGGCCGCUUGUCUCCUUCAUCAGGUACGUUAGACUGUUGCAACAAAGCCAUGUGAAAGGAUGGAAGGGCGGUGAGGCAAGGGAAUGACAGAGCCGUUCUAGCGCCAGAAGUAGCAAGGUACUCUCUCCUGCCCUUCUUGCCCACGCGCAGCGAGGUAUCCUAUAUGCAAUUUUUGAAUGAUGAUUUACGAUGAUCGAACCGGUGGGGAUGAUGUGUUCCCGGAGUAUGAUCCUACCCCUUACAGCGGGGGCUACGAUCAGGCUCUCGCUUAUGGACAGCCGGUUACCCCCUCCCACGAGACCUGCUACACUCCGGAAUCUAUGCUUGAUCCAUCCCUCAACCAAGAAAAUUUUACCCACGGACGCGGUUCUUCUGAGGAUUCGCCUUACCAAGCAGAAAGGGAUAUGGUGGAUUUCAAUGGGAACUCCGGAGGAGGCGACGUUGACCGUCCUCGCUAUCUUCUAGAUGGUGAGCCCUGGCGGGACGAUCCCUCUCAUCCUUAUGGUUAUGGCGAUGGCUAUGGAUAUGACUAUGGCGAUAACUGGAGCUGUGGGUGGGACUGGCCCAAGCACCCGGAAGAAGCAGAAUAUGGCUCUAGGGUUCACCUGGAUUAUGCCCACCCAGUGAGUUAUGCUGAUUAUUUGGCUGACUGGCUUCAACUGCAUCAAGAGGAUUCCCCCCACCAAAGCCACCUGGGCGAGGACUACCAAGGUCGUCAGGAUACCAGACAUGAAUGUAUGAGCGAGUGGAAGAGCGCGGUGGAGUACAUAUUUGGACGGCAGGACUCAUGCGAACAUGGUCAUGCCGAUGGCGCCAUGCCCGACUACAGCUUCUGCGACUAUCAGAGCUACGACCGACUUCCGACCGCCAACAAUUACCGCCUACAAGGGCGUUCUUUCUCCAGGUAAUUACUUGGCUUCAUGAAGGUGUUUCUUUCCUUUGUAGGAGUGAAAUAUAGGGAAGUAACUUCAAUACAAUAGCUGGUUGGUUGAGGCAGUUACUUUAAUACAUGAGGGUUCAUCCAGACGAUACUUUAUCUUGAUGUGUACACAAAUGCUUCUUAGUAAACUGCAAGAUCAUUGGUUUAUGUUUUCCUUGUUUUGCAAUGUCUUGGUAAUCCAAAGUAAAUGACAUUAUUACCAUUCAAAUCAACAAAAUUUCAGUUGGACAUGAUCUUUCUGUAUCUAAUAUUGCAUUCUAAAUAAAGGUAAAUUCUAACU